CGUGGUCUUAGCGGUGGAACUGGGUGGGGGGGGGUUGGGAGUCCUUAGACUUCGGCUCCCGAGAGGUUAGGCCCUGAAACCCCCUCCCUACCCCCAAGUCCUCUUGCCCUUGCUUUCAUCUUCUUGAGGCCAUGCCACUGACCCGCAGCCUGUCCGUGACCUCCCUCUCUGGGUUAGAGGACUGGGAAGAUGAACUUGACCUUGAUAAUGCCAUUCUUUUCGAAGUGGCUUGGGAGGUAGCCAAUAAAGUUGGUGGGAUCUUCACUGUUAUCCAAACUAAAGCCAAGAUUACACUGGAUGAAUGGGGCGAGAAUUACUUCCUGAUUGGACCUUACCUGGAAUUGAAUGUGCGCACACAGGUGGAGCUGAUAGAACCUCCCAACCCUGCAAUUCGCCGAACCAUUGACUCCAUGAAUUCAAAAGGAUGUAAAGUUUACUUUGGCCGCUGGCUGAUUGAGGGGGGUCCAUAUGUGAUCCUUAUCGACAUUGGGGCAACUGCUUGGAGCUUGGAUCGCUGGAAAACUGAAUUGUGGGAAAGCUGCUCCAUUGGGAUUCCUUGGUAUGACCGAGAGGCCAAUGACGCCGUCCUCUUUGGCUUCCUCACAGCCUGGUUCCUAGGGGAGUUUUCCGCACAAUGUGAAGAAAAACCAUUCAUCAUUGGUCAUUUCCAUGAGUGGUUGUCUGGUGUUGGCCUCUUCCUCUGUCGGAUCCGGAAACUUCCAAUAGCUACCAUCUUCACUACCCAUGCUACCCUGCUUGGUCGCUACCUGUGUGCCGGCAGUGUGGACUUCUACAACAAUCUGCAGAAUUUUAAUGUGGAUAAGGAGGCUGGAGACCGGCAAAUUUACCAUCGAUAUUGUAUGGAGAGAGCUGCUGUCCACUGCACACAUGUUUUUAGUACAGUUUCUCAGAUCACAGCUGUAGAAGCUGAACAUCUGUUAAAACGGAAACCUGAUAUUGUGACUCCCAAUGGUUUAAACGUCAAGAAGUUCUCUGCUAUGCACGAAUUCCAAAACCUCCAUGCCCAAAGCAAAGCUCGUAUCCAGGAAUUUGUCCGAGGCCAUUUUUAUGGGCACCUGGACUUCAACCUUGACAAAACUAUUUUCUUCUUCAUCGCUGGACGCUAUGAAUACUCCAACAAAGGAGCUGACAUUUUCUUGGAAGCCCUAGCCAGGCUCAACUACCUACUAAGGGUGAAUGGAAGCCAGACUACAGUGGUAGCAUUUUUUAUCAUGCCAGCUAGGACAAAUAAUUUCAACGUGGAGACACUAAAAGGCCAAGCUGUCCGCAAGCAGCUCUGGGACACGGCCAAUGCAGUGAAGGAGAAGUUUGGCAAAAAACUGUAUGAAUCCCUCCUCGUGGGGAACCUUCCUGACAUGAAUAAAAUGUUGGACAAAGAAGAUUUCACAAUGAUGAAGAGAGCUAUCUUUGCCACUCAGCGCCAUUCUUUCCCCCCAAUCUGUACUCACAACAUGCUGGACGAUUCUACCGACCCUAUUCUCAACACCAUCAGGCGCAUCGGUCUCUUCAAUAGCAGUGCCGACCGUGUCAAGGUCAUUUUCCAUCCAGAAUUUCUGUCUUCCACUAGUCCGUUGCUUCCUGUUGAUUAUGAAGAAUUCGUUAGAGGCUGCCAUUUGGGGGUGUUCCCUUCCUAUUAUGAACCAUGGGGCUACACACCAGCUGAAUGCACCGUGAUGGGGAUCCCCAGCAUUUCCACCAAUCUCUCUGGCUUUGGCUGCUUCAUGGAGGAACACAUAGCAGAUCCAUCUGCUUACGGGAUCUACAUCUUAGACAGGCGUUUCCGGGGCUUGGAUGAGUCGUGCACGCAGUUGACCUCUUUCCUCUACAGCUUCUGCCAGCAGUCACGGAGGCAGCGCAUUAUACAGAGAAACCGCACAGAGAGGCUUUCUGAUCUCCUGGAUUGGAAAUAUCUAGGAAGGUAUUACAUGUAUGCCCGGCAUAUGGCCCUCGCAAAGGCCUUCCCUGAUAACUUCAUCUAUGAGCCACACGAAACAACUGCGGCUCAGGGCUUCCGCUACCCACGCCCAGCCUCGGUCCCACCCUCUCCUUCCAUCUCCCGCCACUCCAGCCCCCAUCACAGCGAGACCGAAGAGGAUGAUGAACGGUACGACGAGGAAGAAGAGGCAGAAAAAGACAGGCAGAACAUCAAACCCCCAGCCAUGAUGGGUCCGGUCCCCGAAUGGCGAAAGCACUCCAAGAAGGGGUCUAGCGAGGCCAGCAAUUCCUCCAAUGCUAGCACCCCCACUAUCCCCAGCAGCCCCAGUGACCUGAGCAGCCCCACCAAUUCUCUUAUCGAAGAGAAGAAUUAGGUGAGCAGGAUAGUUGUCCUGACUCGCCCGCCUGCUCUUUUCCCAUGCCUCCCCCUAUCCUCAAGAGCUUGUUAACCUAGUGCUGCAUUCUGAAAAAAGCCUAGAGUGUAAGUUCUAGGGUGUUCCAGACAGAAGUGCUCACACUCGACGUAGUUCGGUUAAAGGACAGUAAGGCAGUCUUCUCUGGAUCCCAGAAUGCCAAGGGUGGAGGACCUCUUCCUCUGGAAGGAGUCAGGAAGUGACCCAUUGGCUCAACACAAGAUAACAUCUUUGUGUUGAGCAAGAGUAAGAAUGUAAGGUCAUACGUUUUCCUCCUCCCAAACACCCUCCAUAUGCUGCUGAUGUUUUGGAAGGCAUUCUCCAGGUCUUAAGAACCUUGCUGAAUUUUUUUUUAAAAUAAUAAUAAUAAUAAUGGGAGAAAAGGGAAAAUGGGAGGCCUUCAUGGGAAGGACACAGGAAAGAUAUCACCUUACCUCCCCUUCCCUACCAACAAAGGUUUCAUUGAACCAGAAACAGAGCAGGCCUUUUAAAGGCUGCUCAUAAAAUGAGUGAAUCUAAUAUUAUUGUUUUGUUGGGUAACUCUAGACGGUUGGCAUGGAGGCCCAGUGAGGAUGUAUGUUCAGCAGGAUUUUCGAAUGAUCCGGGGGACUAUGAAAGACAGAAUAUUGCUCAGAGUUUGGAAACUUCCUUUGAAAGCCAUGACUCUGCUGUUCUUUAGGCAGAGCCUUUUUUUUUAAAGAAAAAGAAAAAGGACAUUUCAUAAUAUGUCCAGACAAUCUGAAUUCAUACUUUGGGACUGCUUGUCAGUUAGCUCUGUCUGUUUCUGGAAAGGAAUUUGCAAAGCUAUUUAGAGCAAAGAUUCUAACAAAAGGUUUUCUGAAAAGGGCAGUUGUAGAAAGAGUUGAAAAAGUCCCCAUGGAAGAGGAUAUGGGAUCCGACUGGGGGAAAGAAGAAGCUUUCCUGUUUGAUAAUUUUCACCCUGUUCUCCAGAUGUGCUGAGCUUCAGCUCCCAUCAUCCUCGACCAACAUGGACAGGGAUCAGGGAUGGAUAUUGUAAAGUGUCCAAAGGAUCUGAAUGUGUGUUUAUAUGACCUUCUAAGGUCCAAGGGGGCUUAGGAGCACCCUGCCACAUAAAUUGCACUCCUGUGGCUCUAUCAUGUCACAGAGAUCCUAAUUCCUUUUCAACAGAUUUUUUAAAGUUAGUGGUUUUUAAAACUGCUUGUGGAAGUUCGUGUUUUUUUUUUCCAAUCUAUAUCCCCGUGGGCACUCAAGAGCAUUCUAGAACGAUUCCCAGGGUGGUGAUAUUCAUUCUGCAUAGACUGUGAUGAAUUUCAGGAGACUGUAGGGUCAAGGCCAGCAGAAUGGACUGCAUGCUUAAAACCUCUGAAACAGGCUAGAGGAUAGUCUUCUAAAAUACACUUUGCUUAAGGAGAGUAAUAAUAGAGCUAGAUACCUUUCCAAGUUGGAUGCCACAGAUGUAUGCGUCAACUUCACAAUCAUCCUAGCUAGGUUUUAUGGGAAUUACAGUCUAGCACAUCCCAAGAAUAAGCUAGUCUAAAAUCCACCAGCUCUCCGGCAUCCAUCUUUUACUCUUAAUGAAAGAGAGAAAGCGUUCUGGAAUCCAAUCACAUUGCCCAUUAGGUUAAACUCUCUUGGCGGUUUCUGUUAGAACGAUGCUGACUAUUGACGCUCUAGACUAGAUAGGUUUGGUUGGUUGCCUCUGAGAAUCAGCCACAGCUGUUGAACUGUCCCUAACCUAUACUGUAAUGUUUGUGAUGAGGGUUUUUGCUGACGAUGCAGUACAGAACGGUGUGACCCUGCAUCAGGGAUGACGUAGCUAUGACCAAAGCAGGUAUUAUAGUGCAGACAGGCAGCGAAGAAGUGUUCCUGGAGGCUGGGAGACUUAAUUAGCUGUUAUGUGGAUAAUACCCAUCCUAGCAUGAGUGGCAACUACCUCAAAAGGCAAAGCAGAUGCCAACACACUCAAUAAUCUUUUCUGUUCUCUUCUCCUGCCAAUUUUAUUUAUCAAUACGGAAAACCUUUUUUUUUUCUUUAAACAAUCUUGGGAACUUCAUUUCUCACAGUUCUGUGAUGCAAUCAUGCACGAAGAACCAGGUGUCUUGGGAUGCAGCCUUGCAAAUUCCCGACCUACUUGGCACUAAAUUUGGGGAGAGGCAGUUUUAACAGAGCAGGAUAUUGGUUUGGGCCUUAAAUCCCUUUUCUCUUUUCUCCAACUUUCCCCAUCUAGAUUUUUAUUUAUAGAUGUCAAAAAAAAAAAACAAAAAAAAAAGCUUGAAUUUUGUUGUCUUUCUCCUUCCCCCUUUGUGUGGAAAAACAGACUCUGAAGAAAACAAAAUAUGAUUUCAGAAUAAAGUUUGCUUUGAAAAUUG